AAAUUCAAAAUGGCUUCCGAAAAUAUGGACGAGUUUACGUCAAGAAAUAGAGAAGAGGUUAAUUCGAAUCAACAAAACAGUAAUAGUGAAAAUAAUGGUACCUCUAAGUCGGGUAUCGUUUUAACAAUAUCAAAAACGCGAUUAGAGAAGCGUAAAGAUAAUGCAUGUGUAAAUUUACCUGGAAUAUUAUCUACAGGGACCAAAGGGAGUGAUAGUUGUGUGCAGUACGAUGAAAUUGAAUCAGACCGCGUUAAGGUAAGGCGUGAGGACCAACAAAUUGGGUGCAACAAAAGGAAAAGGGUUCAUCACGAUUACAGGAAGUUAUCAAACACUGGUUAUGUGGACGAUGCAAUGGGUAGGCGUUAUUCAAGCAAUUCAAGUGAAAGUGACAAUGGCAAGAUUUUGCAUGCAGAACUAAGAAAAAAACACUGCUUGACACAUUCGAUUGAUGGUGUAAAGUUGCGAAGAAUCGCUAGAGAACAUACCACGGAAGUUGCCCAUCGAGACUAUCCGAAUAUCACACCCUCCCAUCAUCACCACAAGAAACAUCAUAAAAAGAAGAAACAUAAAGAUCGCGAUAAAAAUAGGCGAAGGAAACGAAGAGAACACUCUCAUCAUCAUUCUAAUAAGCCCACAGAAAAGGAAUAUGUUGUAUUUGGAGAAGAUGAGCAUGGAUAUGCACACCAUGUGAUGGGAAUUGUUCAUGAUGCUGCUGCGUAUCUCCCAGACUUACUGGAUUAUAUGGCAGAUAACUAUCCCUCACUCACAGUAAAAAAUGGUGUUUUGGGUAGAAACAAUGACAUUGAGACUACCAAUAUGCGGCAAUACAGGGACCAGGUGACUAAUAAUUAUGCCAGUGGCACUGUGCGCUACGGACCACUUCAUCAGAUCAGUCUUGUGGGCACAGUUCAUGAAGAAGUAGGUGGUUAUUUUCCAGAUCUAAUAGCCCGAUUAGAAGAAAAUCCAUUUUUGAAAUCGACAAUGCCGUGGGGUCCCUUAUCUGUGGUAAAGAUGGAAACACCUCAGGAGUCUAAUGAUGGCCCAAUACUUUGGAUCCGUCCUGGGGAACAACUUGUUCCCACAGCUGAAACAAGGAAAUCUGCAACCAGCAGGCGAAGGACUGGCAUCAAUGAAUUACGCAAUUUGCAGUACCUUCCAAGGAUUUCUGAAGCACGAGAAUAUUUGUUUGAAGACCGAACCAAAGCUCAUGCUGAUCAUGUAGGUCAUGGCCUUGAUAGAAAAACAACAGCUGCUGUUGGUAUAUUAAAAGCAAUUCACUGUAAGGAAGCAUAUGAACAUAACAGAAUAACAAAAGAUGUUGUGGCAUUUUAUGCUGGAGAUUUUCCAGACCUAGUAGAGAAGCUUCAAUUGGAUUUGCAUGAGCCACCAAUCUCUCAGUGUGUUCAAUGGUUGGAAGAUGCUAAAUUGAACCAGUUGCGCAGGGAAGGAAUACGGUAUGCUCGUAUCCAGCUGUGUGACAAUGAUAUUUACUUCCUACCACGAAAUAUCAUACACCAAUUCCGUACAGUAUCAUCUGUAACAAGUAUUGCUUGGCAUGUUCGACUGAAGCAGUACUACCCAGAUGCUUGUAGUGCACAGGCAGGAAGACACUCAAGAAUUGUUACACCACAGCAACUUUACAAGGAAAAGAAGAAUUUGGAAAAAGCAUCUUGUGAAGUAUCAAAGAAAGAUGUGAAAGACUGCAGUGGAAGAAAUGAAAAACACCUUAAAGAAAAGGAAAAGAAGAAAUUUGAGGAACACUUUUGGGAUGAAGAAGACAGUAAACAUAAGAAAGAACGUAAACUUGAGCAGACACGUAAACGAUCAACUGAAAGUGUAUCCAGCGAAGUGGAGAGGAAGAGAAUGAAAUCUGAUGACAAACCUUUUGUGCACGUAGAUUCCAUUAAGCCUGAAGAGACAAACUUGCGUAAGAAAGUUACUGAGAAAGAUUCAAAAGAAUUAAAGCAAGAAAGCAGUGAUGACAUGAAGCAUGUAAAUUUACAAGAUGGAAAUGCAUUGGGAGGUAGUGUAGAGAACAGUUAUUCUUAUUGGGUUAUGAACAAAGAAAAGCAUGUUAGGUCUGUUGAUGGAACUCAUAGUAAAAAGGAAAACACGUGUAAAGGACACAGUGAAAGUGAUUUUAAGUUAGGUGAUGAUCAUAAGAAAUUUAGGCAUUACUUAGAUCAGAAAUGGGAAUUGAAACAGGGUCAUGAUAAAAAACAAAAGACGCUUAAAAAAGUUGGAACAGUCGUGAGUGAUAGUGGAAAAACAAGCCAAUCUUCUUCUUCUCCAAAAAAGUUGGAAACAGGAGUAAAUUGUGAAAGUUUCAGUUCACCAUUGAAAACAAGUACUCCCGUGAAAAGCAAUGAUAAUAAAAUUAGAUCAAGUGAACAGUUACAUCGAAAGGAAAGUGUUGUUUGCAAACUGAGUUGCAGAUUACCGGCAUCGCCAUCAAAAACACCAGUGGCUGUAAAUGAUAACAAAAGUGUUAUAAUAACACCUGUGAAAAAAGAAAGUGAAAUUGAUACAGGAAAUGGUGGGCAUUAUAAAUCAGAUGUGAGAGAUAAGGAAAAUGUUUCAAAGAUUACCUCAGCAUUGAGUUUGCCGACUCCUGCCAGUUUAUUGGAUGAGAUUUUGAAAAGUAUGAGGAGGGUAAAAAAACCAACCGAUGAAAAACAUGAUAAGUGAGAAUACUAUUUAUUCACAUUUUACUUGCCUUUAGCACCAAUUUGCAUGUGCUUUAUGCACUUGCUAAUAAUUAUGCCUUUAUUAAAAAGACUGUAGUACCUUUAAUAGAUCUUUAAAAGAUGAUCAAAAAAUGAGCACCAAUAUAUGUGUGCAUUUGUAUGUUGUGGCAUGUAAUUGUAUUGUACAGUUGUAAAUAUACUGACUGCACUUUGCAGAUUGUAAUUAAUUGUCUAAUGGUGUACAAUGACUUGUGCCUCAGAAACAUGUUUUGUAAAGUUUAAGAAAAAUUUUGAAUGAAGUUUGGAAAUGAAAUUACAAAAGGUUUAACUCACUAUUGAUCUUAUAUACAGUAGUAACGUUUGUAUUGUACUAUAUAAUGCAUUUUAGCAAAAGUGUUGUAUUUUAUGUACAUAAAUCUUUGGCUUUUUUUUUUACGUAGAUGCAACUUGCAAUGCUAUCUGGUUGUUUUUGUUGAGAAUUUGACAUGAUGUAUAUCUGUUGUUAAGUUAUAAUGAAUUUUGCACUCUUUUUUGUGCUUUAUUUUAUGCUCUCUUAACUUUAAGAUAUGAUGUAUUAAUAAUGACGUAAGAAACCUGUUGAAAACUUCAUAGAAGAGACUAACUGUGCAAAUUAUUUUUCUACACGUUGCCAAAUAGAAGUCAUGGACAAGUCACAUAUAGUAUUUAUGUGAAUAUUUUAGGCACAUUCUCAUCUUGGGAGUAUUUUAGUGUGAAGACUGUUGGUGUGCAAUAUUGCAAUAUUAUAUGUUACAUCAUUUUAUUGCAUUAUUUGUGUGUUUAGCUAAGUGCAGUUUUUUUUUGUUCUGCCCUUUAAAAUCACACAUGAACUGUUGUUAAAAAUUUAGUUCUUUCAUUUGGAGUUUGUUGUGGUGUUGUAACUAUAAAUAACUUAAAACCUUUUAUGUUUUAAAAAAAAUGUGAAGGCUAUAUCAUUAUUUUAUUUGUUGUAUUAUAGACACAUAUUUUUAUUUUACACUGGCCCAGCUUUCAUGAGUGACUAAGUUAUUGCUGCUUUGUUAGAUCCUAAAGUUUUAUAGAUUUUGUCAUUUCUGUUCCAAGAUACAGACCAGCAGCAACCUUAUUCCUGUGUUUUUAUGUAGUAUAAAUUUAUUACUUAAUCUCGAUACUGGCAAUUUUGCUGCUAGAAGGUUUUCUUGGAGGAUAGAUGUAAUGAAUGACAAAGUUAUUUAGACCAUGGUUAACUAUAUUUUAAAACGUGAUAUAUGUAAUUAUAUCAGUUUAGUUAGUAUUUUAGACACACUUAUUUAUUUGGUUUGUUUUUAUUAUUUAGCUAAUUUUAAUGUAGUUCUCAUAGAGACUAGCAAAAUAAGAUUUUUUUAAAUUUAAAUGCCAAAAGCAAAUUUAAUAGUAUUUUCCCUUUGUUGUUGCAUUAUAAUGUUAGUAUUAUUGUCUGAAAAUGGCCACAUUUUCAAAUAAAAGUGCAUUAUUAUUUGCCUUUCGAACUGUUUUAAGUAAUUUAUUAUUGUGGUUUGUACAAUAGGAAACUAUAAAAAUAUUUAACGUUGUUCAAAACAUGUUUUUUAUGGUAUGUUCUACUUGGACCUUCUUUUCAUUGGCAUUUUACAACAAUGCAAUCCUUGAAUUGCACUUUAAGGUGUUAUGUUAGCUCUUUUUCAUUUACUCACAACUACAGUAGAUCCACAUUUUUUUACAUACCUGAGAUUUAUGGAUUCCCAUAAUUAAAAUAGUUUUUAUUUGUGGUCACGGCAGCUUCGAUUGCCAUUGUAAACAAUCUUCAAUUCCAAAUUUUUUUUAGGUCAUGGUAAGAAAUAUGACCAUAAAUAGAGUUUUUUUGACACACAAAAAUGAAAAAUUAGUUAAACAUGAUUGGUAAAUAUGAAUACUGGCAGUUAAUAUUGCUGGGACUAAUAAUAAAAUUAGUUCAUAAAAAUUCUCUUACCUAAAUUCCUCCAAGUGUUGUGUUUUCGUCAUAUUCAGCAUGCUCAUUUUAUUACAAUGGUUGAGGAAAAUUGUUUAGUGCUACUUAAUGCUAGUGAUUUCAAAUUCAUAACAUCAUUUUAUGUUGGCAAUUAAAAAAAUUCAUGUCUAACAUAUUAACAUAUAUAAUGUGUCUUAUAUUUCAAGAAAUUAUUUGUUUUGUAUUGACACAUUCCAAAAAAAUAGUUUUUGAAGCAUGUGCCAUCUCUGAAUUUCUAAAUAUUGCAAUAUAAACUAUUGUAACCAUUUGUAUUCCAAUAAGUAAAUAAUUGUUUGUAAGAGGUUGUGUUCAUUUAAUAGAAUUGGUUCUGCCAACAAAACUUAAAUUAAUUAAAUUUUAAUACUAGAUUAUUAACAAUUUAAGAAAAAACUGUACGAAAUUCUUUUGCCAUAAAAAAAAUUGGACAUUUUGAGUUGCUACAGUACUCAAGUUGACACCCAAUUGUUUUGUCCCCAAAAACUGAAGAAUUAAUUUUCAUUUUUGAACACAAUUUUGAAGAAUGGCAAGACAAUAGAAGAUAAUUCUGCUAUCUCAAAGAAGUGAAAAUACAUACAAUUAUCAAAUUAUGAGAAGCUGUAAGAGCUUUUUAAAAAUGGACUUACUGGAGCAUGUUCAGCAAAUAUCCCAGUUAAUGGAGUAGUUCUUCAUGAAAAGGCACAACAAAUAGCUGACACUUCAGGUAUCAAGAAUUUUGCCAUAUAUAAUUGCUUGUUAUUGUGUAUUAUAUCUGUUUCUUAUUGUUUUCAUAAUAGAAAAUAAUAAAAAAAUCAUUCAUCAUU